UUUAAGCUUAGCAAUUUUUGUUUUUGGCAGCUUUCCUUGUUUGGGCUAGCGUAUUUUUACCACAAAAAGGGUGAACUUCCACGCAAUCUGACAGUUUAAUAUGGAGCUGAAGAAAAUCAAAUGCGCACUCAAUCCUUUGGGUUAGUUUACAAAUUGCCAUACAUCGGAACACAGUGCCUGUUCUCGGAUUUUGGCGUGCCAGGUAGAAUUGUCUCGAGCACCGUGCUCAAGAACUAAGUGUGAACAAGUUCUGGUGCCAAAAGGGCUCUCUUAAUUUGAUUUUUGCAAAAGAAUUUUCAUAAUUUACUACUGAGAGCUACUAUCCGAUUGUUAUUCUAGUUCACUGUGGAACUGAAGAAAAGAAAGCCAACAUUACAAAGAAAUAUCCACAAGUGGUGUAAGGAUAGGAAAUGAUCAACUGAGUCAAGAAAAAAGUAACAGAAAAGUUUAGUUUUACAGAAUCGCAAACAAUCCAAAAUUAAAAAGAUAAGAUACAAGGGUUUUGAACUUUAGCUUGAGGAACACAAUCAAAACAAGAGUAUUUAAGGCAUUAAAAGGCCAGACAUUGGAGUUCUGUCGUCCAAAGACCUCACAACAAAGAUAAGGUUUGUUCAUUAAUUAAAAGAGGUACUAAUGUCAAUGAAACAAAUAGACUAUGGCAAAUCUAUUCUGUUUUCUGUCCAACGAAGUAACAACGAAAAUGUAGUUCGUGCAUUGAUUGAUGCUGGUAAGGACGUCAAUAAAGCUGAUAGACAUGGCAGAACUAUUCUGUUUCUUGCCGUCCAGCAAAGCAACAACGAAAAUGUGGUUCGUGCAUUGAUUGAUGCCCGUGCUGAUGUCAAUAAAACUGACAAUUUUGGCCAAACUGCUUUGUUUUAUGCCGUCCAGCAAAGCAACAACGAAAAUGUGGUUCGUGCAUUGAUUGAUGCCGGUGCUGAUGUCAAUAAAACUGACAAUUUUGGCAAAACUGCUUUGUUUUAUGCCGUCCAGCAAAGCAACAACGAAAAUGUGGUUUGUGCAUUGAUUGAUGCUGGUACUGAUGUCAAUAAAACCUACAAUCUUGGCAAAACUGCUUUGUUUUAUGCCGUCGAACAAAGUAACAACGAAAAGGUGGUUCGUGCAUUGAUUGAGAAUGGAAAUGCUUUGGUAAACAUCAGAGACUGCGAUGGUAGGAUUCCACUGUUUUAUGCUUGGAAAUACCCAGCUACAUUUGGUUAUAUUCUUCGUAAAAUGAAUCAUGUAUAUUCGAACUUGAAAGACAAUUUCAAUGUCAAUAUCUUUACAUUUAUAAUCGAAAAUGUCGUGUUACAUUUUUCUUUAGUAAAUGUAGGUGCUGUGUCUAAACACUUGGCCCUCCUUAUCAAAAAUGGAGUAAAAAAGAACGAGAUUGUAAAGACAUUGUUAAACUUAAUGUUUAGCAAAAUGCCAUUAGUACCCGUGUCUAAUUCAACUGUCUCCACUUUGAGUACAGUCAUAGGUUUAGCAUCUGUGUGUGAAAAGCUUCUUGAUUUCUAUAGUAGCUCUCGCAWGAAAUUAAAAGAGAUUGUGAUGAUGUUAGAGGGCGACCGGAAAAACCAAGAUACGUUAAAAGUUCUUCAGUUGUUAGUUGAACUUGGUGCUGAUCCAAGCAGUGCCGAUUUACAUGGAAAUACUGCGCUACACUAUGUCACUCGUUUGCCAUUGUUUGACAUACCUCAAGAUAUUGUAAUGAAUAUGUGCUACAAACUAUUCGAGUUAGGAGCAUCAUUUGACAUAAAAAACCAAGAAGGUCAGACACCUUGCUCGUAUGGUGUGAUUGCUCWAUCGAGUUCAAGUAUAAAUCUAUCGCCGUUCAAGACGCUGGUACAAGUCUGCACCUUUCUUGUGGAACGUGGUUUCAGUACAGAAGAAACGUCAAGAAUUAGUGAAGAAUCGUUUUAUCAUCUGAUGAUGAAGCUUUUUAAGGAGAUUCUAGAGAAAGAUUCUAGAGAAAAAGGAGAUAUGCUUCAAGAAACCAUGAAACUUUUGCAAGUUUUUCCUACAAAAGGAAACAUUGUUAACAAACCUGAUAGGAAUCUUAACUCACCAGUUCACCUUUGGGCAUCCCUUGUAUUAAGAUCACCUCAAGAUUACACCAGUAAUAUCGCUGCAAAUUAUACUUUUGAGACACUUUUAAAAGAGAUCCUACAGAACCUCGUGAAACGUGGAGUGAAACUGAAUCCUAGAAAUGAAAACGAGGAAACCCCAUUAUAUCUGUGCCAAACAUGGAGUGCUGUCAAGCUCUUGUUAGAUGCUGGAGCAAACCCAAACGAUGUGGAUUCAUCAGGGCGUUCAGCUCUUCUCGUGGCAGCGAACAAAAGAAACCUAUAUAUAAGUCCAAAUGGUUUGUAUCCAGACGUCACAGAAGAUCCAAAACUAUUUUGGAAAACAGCUAUUGAAAAAAGACUUGAUCCGUGGACAGUUGACCAGCAUGGUGAUUCUGUUUUAAGCAGUUUGGUCCAGUCUGGAGACUACCUUCUUUCUAAGGCAUUAGUUGACGUGGCCUGUGAGGAAAACUGCACUCAAUCUGAGACCAUCUUCGUUUCUCUUCUGAAUUCUAUCUGUAAAGACGAUUCAACAAGAAACCAUUGGAAGUCAGUACUUGUGCAAGACUUCUUGAAAUCCAGAACUUUUUCGACCACCACAAUAAGUACUGGACUUCGCUUUUGCUGCAUAAAUUUGAUUGCAGAAUUUCCGGCAGAUACCCAGGGCACUGGACUAAGUCUUGAUGACGAUGAAUUGGUGAUGAAUGAAGAACAGUUUAUGACCAGUGAAGUCCAAGAUUCUGUCCACUAUGAAAUCGCUCACCUGCUACUUUGUUAUGGAGCUGAUCCUAGAAGUGUCGAUGCAUCAGGCAAGUCUUGUGUGGACAUAGCAGAAACGUGUACUGUACUGAGAGACCUCCUGACAAAACCUAUAGAUAUCAAUACGAUUGCGGUAGUCAUUCCUUGGACUUCGAUUUCCAAUAAGUAUGAGGAUAGACUAGCCAAGGUUGCCAGACGACAAGAAAUUGAUGUGAUUGAUUCGUUUUGGUUUCACAAAGACAACAUAGGGAGUGGAUCUUAUGGUCUCGUUUUUGCAGGCAUCAAUGAAAAAGACGGAAGAGAAGUGGCGAUUAAGCGUGUCGAGACUUUGCGAAUGAAUGGACCAGAAGACAAACGAGAAAUUACAAAUCUCACUAAACUUGCAGACUGCGAACAAGUAGUUCGUUAUUUGCAUUUCUACGAGAAAAGUCAUUUUUCUUUCGUAGUUUUGGAACUUAUGGAAGGAAAUCUUGACAAUUACCUUAAAGAGUUCUUUAGCGCCAACAAAGCUGUUGAACUCUGUAGAGAUGUAGUUUCGGGAAUGAAGUUCUUGCACGAGCAGAAUAUAAUUCAUCGCGAUCUUAAGCCGACCAAUAUUCUCUACAAAAGAUACCCAAAACUAUGCUUGAAGAUUGCCGAUUUUGGUCUAAGCCAAUGUAUUGAUAUUCUGGGUAAAACUACGGUGUAUGGCACGAAUGCUGGUACAAGAUGCUGGAUUGCUCCAGAAGUACUCAAGUCUGGAAACCACACCAAGUCAUCGGACUUGUUUUCCUGUGGAUUACUACUUCAUUACAUUUUGUCAGUUCAAAGGCACCCAUUUUCUCCAGUGGAUUAUGCUGAUAAAGCAGAAUCUCAAGUUGCUUUUGAAACGRAGUCUAACGUAGUGAAUGCAAAAAUGGAAGGAUGGGAUAGCUCUCUUUCUCCUGAAGCCACUGAUCUCGUGAAGAAUAUGCUCGCUGACGAGGUGAAUAUCAUCGACAGGCCAACAGCAAAAGACGCACUACAGUAUCCAUUGUUCUGGUCGAAAGAGAAAAAGAUAGAUGUUCUUUGUGCUGUUGGUAAUCAGCCAGAAUUUGAAUGCCCACGUGCUAGAAGAACUCAUCCUUUAACUACAGUCGAGACAGACCUGCAAAACAACGUCGGUUCGAUAAUCAGAUAUGGGACGUGGAAUGACCCGAGGUAUGCAAACAUGSCAUUUAUUUACAGAGAAAUGACUACAACAAGGCGAAGGACUUACGAUACUUCCUCUGUAAUAGAACUAGUGCGAUUCAUACGUAAUGCCUACUCACACGUCUCUGCGGAUACAAGACCAGGACCAUUCAGACAAAUGUUACUGGAGGACUUCGUGUUCCUUGAGUAUUUCCCCCAACUUGUGGUGGAUGUUUUCAAGGCUGUAAUAACUUAUGGAUGGGAUCAAACAAAAGAUGAAGUGAAGUACGCGAUCAACAAGUAGUGUGCAAGAAAGAGUUCUGUGCACCAUUGGCUGCCAUGUCUUUGGUUACUUGGUUCAUUUGGGAAUGAAUGCAAACCACAGAAGUGAAAAAUGACAAAGAAACAUUUUGGUAGAAAGGAAACUCCAUUACUCAACCGAUUAAAAAAAAAGACGAACAGUCAUCUCGUCUCCACACAUUACACAUUACAGCGCAACUCGCAAAAGUAUGACUACAUUUAAUGUAUUCACAUGCUUCUAUGCACGUGUUUUUUGCUGUCAAACGAGCUUUUACACGCCUUAUUUGUCGGUUUAACGUACGAGAGCACGUGUAUAAAAGUCAUUAAAUUUGGUCAUACUACUGCGCCGCGUUGCGCUGUAAAUCUAUUCUCACGCAACAAAUAAAAACAAAUGCUCUAACUCGAACGCACCCAUUGUAAAAUAAAUAGACUCAGUGAACUUCAAGCUGGACUGAAACAACGUCUUGCCAUAGUAACAUAGGGACUUUAAGAAUCGCAAAAUCUGCGACGGCGACGUCAACCGGAAGUGUAAAUUACUUCACUUUUGCGUUUCGAGUCUUUAAGAUCUGUCUUCCCUGUGGAUGAGUUGACUUUAUACUGACAAUGAUUUGAAUGAAAUCUUCAAUGAAAAGAACCCCAAAGAGAUAUUAUUUACACUACCGGUUGACGUCGCCGUUGUAGAUCUUAAAGUCCCUAAUAAUAGCCUGAUCACAACGCAGUGCACUAUUUAGUGCAGUUUUCGUAUGACUGUGAAAAGCUCAGUAACGUAAGCGUGAGGUGCCGUGACCGUGAUGCUUUCUGGAAUUUUAAUUGGCUGAUUUUUUCAUGCGCAAUGUGAUUGGUCUGGCAUUGCCCUGACCUUGGCGUGACCGUGUCCGCGCCGUGAAUUUUUCACAGUCAUACGAAAACUGCACUACUUAUUUCUGUAUAUAGGAUAAAUAUGUGUGUGUGUGCCGGGGAGGGGGGUUGCACUGUGGAGUAUGUAGUAGUAAUUAGAUUAAUUUUCAUCAUUGAAACUUUAACUGACGACUUGCACUAGAAGGUCACGUGACCCUGCCUCCCUUGAAACGAGUAGUUUUGUCAAAAUUAAAAUUAAAAGCAUCUCGGCAUUAGUUGGGAGACGGAGUUUCA